AUGGAAAAAAAGAUUGUUCAUGCUCCGCCAACAACUACACUCGAAGAGUUGUUUCGUGAAGCACAUUCGGCUAAACAUCGUGCGUAUUGUCCUUACUCGAAAUUUCGAGUAGGAGCAGCUCUGUUAACAACAUCAGGUAAAAUCUACUCGGGAUGUAAUGUGGAGAAUGCGUCAUAUCCGCUGUCAACAUGUGCAGAACGAACUGCAAUAGUUAAAGCGGUUUCAGAAGGUGAAACUAAUUUUCAAGCCAUCGCAAUCACUUCUGAUGUUGAUGCCGGUUAUUGUGGUCCAUGUGGCGCUUGUCGGCAGACAAUCGCGGAAUUCGGUCUGGAUAUUGAUGUUUAUCUACUCAACCCACAAAAUGAAUGCAAGAUGUUUAAAUUUCGUGAAUUAUUACCGUUUGCUUUUACACCACGUGAUCUUCAAAAAACGCGUGCAACACAUAAUAUUAUUGACUGA